AUGGUAGUGAGCUUUGGCAACACUUCACUAGGAUCAGUGAGCUUCCCAGUUGGUAGUGAGCUAGGUAGUGAGCUAGGUAGUGAGCUAGGCAGUGAGCUAGGCAGUGAGCUAGGUAGUGAGCUAGGCGGUGAGCUAGGCGGUGAGCUUGGCGGUGAGCUAGGCGGUGAGCUAGGCGGUGAGCUAGGCGGUGAGCUAGGCGGUGAGCUAGGCAGUGAGCUAGGCAGUGAGCUAGGCAGUGAGCUAGGCAGUGAGCUAGGCAGUGAGCUAGGUAGUGAGCUAGGCAGUGAGCUAGGCAGUGAGCUAGGUAGUGAGCUAGGCAGUGAGCUAGGCAGUGAGCUAGGCAGUGAGCUAGGUAGUGAGCUAGGCAGUGAGCUAGGUAGUGAGCUAGGCAGUGAGCUAGGCAGUGAGCUAGGCAGUGAGCUAGGCAGUGAGCUAGGUGGUGAGCUAGGUGGUGAGCUAGGCGGUGAGCUAGGCGGUGAGCUAGGCGGUGAGCCUGGCGGCGGUGAGCUAGGCGGUGAGCUAGGCAGUGAGCCUGGCGGUGGGCGAGGCGGUGGGCGAGGCGGUGAGCUAGGCGGUGAGCUAGGCGGUGAGCCUGGCGGUGGGCGAGGCGGUGAGCGAGGCGGUGAGCUAGGCGGUGAGCUAGGCGGUGAGCUAGGCAGUGAGCCUGGCAGUGGGCGAGGCGGUGAGCUAGGUGGUGAGCUAGGCAGUGAGCCAGGCGGUGAGCCUGGCGGUGGGCGAGGCGGUGAGCUAGGUGGUGAGCUAGGCGGUGAGCUAGGCGGUGAGCUAGGCGGUGAGCUAGGCAGUGGGCUAGGUAGUGAGCUAGGUGGUGGGCUAGGUAGUGAGCUAGGCAGUGAGCCUGGCAGUGGGCUAGGCAGUGGGCUUGGCGGUGAGCUAGGCAGUGAGCCUGGCAGUGAGCUUGGCAGUGAGCCUGGCAUUGAGCCUGGCAGUGAGCCUGGCAGUGAGCUCGGCAGUGAGCUAGGCAUUCUCAAAGACUCAUAA